GUGAAUCGGAUCAGCACCGUGAGCGACCACGUGCUGAUUGGUGGCGUCUUCCACGCGGGGAUCCAGGUCUUCGCGCGCGAGUGGGGCUACGGCUUCACGGAGGACGACGAGACCGGCAUCACCUUCACUGCGCCGAGGUGCAACUAUCAGCACACGUACCGCGCAACGGUGCAGAUGGGGCUGACCGAAUUCAGCGAGCAGGAGGUGGACGACCUGCUCCAGCGAAUGAUGUUAACGUGGAGAGGACCGGAGUACGACCUGAUCCACCGGAACUGCCUAGACUUUGCAAACGAAUUCGCCCAGGCGCUCGGCGUCGGGCGCAUCCCGGGCUGGAUCGACCGCUUCGGCCGUACGGCCCGGAGCGCGGACAGGCUGUCGAAGCACGCGGUCGCGGGCGUGCAGAACACGAGGCAGCUGGCGAAGAAUGUUGGUUCGGACGUGCACCAGGUUUUGAGGGAGCUGCGGACGGAGGUCGAGGAGGUGAGCCAGUGGACCGUGAGACAGGUCGUGGACGGUGCGCGCGGCGAGGCUCCAAGGAUCGGCGAGGCGCUGGCGGGCUGGGGCCAGAACUUCGUGCAGGCCGCCACGCGGGCGCUGGGCGACGCGCCUCCCAGCCGGGAGCGGCGGCUGCAGGAGCGCGAAGGCGCUCGGGGGAGGGCUCGGAGGAGCAGGAAGAGGACCCGAGCCGGAACCGUCCUGUUUCUGCUGCCCGACGUCGACGUGCACGCCAGGGUGGGCACGGAGCUCCAGAACUCUAUGGGCCAGCAGCAGGCCGCGCAGCCGGAGGUGACGUCCUGAGGCCCCGGGUGGCCGGCGCCGCCCAUGUGCGCCCCUCGCAGCGCCCGGCCUUCCAUCACCUCCUCUCCUGUGUGCUGCCUCCCCGCCUCGGCCCGCCCCUCCCUCGGGUAACAGCGCAUGUUAGCUGUUCCCCAUCUGCCCUCUCCCUCUCCCCUGAGAUCCCUGGCGUCGCAUCUUUUCCGCAGCGGGCGAUGCGGCCCCUUGUCGGGCCCCAAGGCGCUUACAGGACGAUCUGGCCCGCAAAGUACCGCAGAAAGAUGGGGUCUAGGGCUCCGGCCGACUUGUGCUUACGAUGUUGCAUGUUUUUCGUGACGGGUCGCGCCCUGCUCCCACGGGUUGAGUAUGUUGUUUUUGCUUACGAUGUUGCGCCCUGCUCUCUGGGACAUGCGUCGGAGGCCGAAUAA